GGCUCCGCCCUCACCAUGGAGCUGUCUCUGCCGGCGUGUCUGACGGGCACGCCCCAGGGCCUGGUGUCCUUGGUGGGAUUGCGUGACUAUCCGCAGAUCAUGGAGCAUUUCCGGGCCGAGAAUCGGAGCUUGGAUCGGGUACCGUUGCAUUUUAUGCCCGAAGACAAGCUGGAAUGGCCGCAACUCAAGGCCAAACGCUCAAAUUAUGAGUGGUUCAUUCCCAAAGGCAUCCUCAAACGCAAUUGGAUGACCAAACACCUGUGGCAAAUCCCUUCUGUGGUGGUGAUAUUCAUGGAACUCGAUUGGUCGGGACCGAAUUUCCUGGAAAAGAAAGCCGAAUGCGCCUCCCGAGUACAAUCCGUGCGCUCGACUUUAGCCGGGCGGGCCACCAAACUAGCCGUCGUGUUGAUUCAGAAUGCAGCCGCCAAUCCCGUGGAUGAGGGCGUGGCCACGGAAAAAGCGGCCAGCGUGUGCUCAGAAUGCGAAUUAUCCGCCCGAUCCUUGUUCGUUUUGCCCGUGAAAGACGACAAUCUAUCUGGAUAUAUUCUUCGAUUAGAAACGGCUUUUUAUGAGCUGUCUCAGAAUUACUACCAUCAGGAGAUUCGUGGGAUCAAAGCCCACCGGGAUCAUUUAAAUAAGACGACCCAUUUGUACUUGUUCGUUCGCCAUCAGUUCAAAGCCGGUUUCUUGAACGAGUUGAAGCGGGAUUUUCAUGCGGCUUACAAGCAUUACGGACAAGCCUACAGUCUGCUAAUGGAGGUCAGGGCUACUGACACGAACAUCAUGGAGGUCAAGACCGUGGCCGGAUUCAUUUCGUACAAGAUCUGCAAAUUGGGCUUCCGUCUGAAUUUGCCGCGGGAUGCCAUCUCGCAAUUUCGGAAACACAUGGACAUCUUUCAACAGAAAGUGGGCAUGGAAGCUCUGGUCUUUGAGCAUAAAGGCUGGCAAUCGAAGCAAAGUGAGUAUUUUGCCGAUGUCUUCAAGGAGGCUAUCAUGAAUGGAUUACCAGCCAUCCAGACCCAACAUCCCGGACUCUAUUAUCAACAGGCGGCUCAAUUUGCGAUCGGGCGUCGUGAAGUGGCCGAAGAGCUUUGCUCUAAUUUAGCAGCCUACCCGCAACCUGACCCGUUGGCGAGCAAAGAUUCUCUCGAGUUCUACGGCCAAAGACCUUGGCGACCGGGCAAAGUCGCCCUGGAAGCUCCGGAUAUGGACAUUGAAAACACCGGGAUUCAAGCUCUCCUUCACCACGAAAAAGAGCAAGUGCAACACAGCGAGAUCAUCAUCGCACUCUUAGAGAAGUCCAUUGAGCAAUUCAGUGUCUACAAAUCGCCCCGAAGUCAGAGCCAUCUUCGCGUGACCAUGGCCGAAGAAUUGAAGUCAGCCCAGCGUUACAAGGAGUCCUUGGACCUGUUGCAUGAGGUCAUGAACCAUUAUCGCGCCGAAGGCUGGCGACCCCUGUUGGAUGCCGUGUUGUCUUUGGCCGUGAAAUGCGCUUUCUUGUUGGCCGAUGUGAGCGAAUACGUGCGCUUGAGCUUGGACCUCGCUUCCGUUGAAUCGGCCGUUGGUGAGGAUGAGAAGGCCCGGAUCAUGCAAAACGUGGCCAAUAUCUUGGAGGAGAACCACCCCAAAGUCCCGGCAGCUGAACCUGGAUUGACAUCGAAAGCUGAAAGGGCCGCUGUCGGCGAGGCCACCCGCAAAUGGGCCGAGAGAUUGGCCAAAGCGGGUGAACUCGAUCCGAUUGUCGUGGAUCUGGGCCAAAACCCGUCAGCCAUUCAGUGCAAGACUCUCUUUGUUUCCUCGUCUUGCAAAGCCGAUGAGAGGGUCACGUUCGAGGUGUUUGUGCUCAACGGAGGUCCAGCCCCGUUACCGCUCUCUAAAGUGGAUGUGAUCACUUCCAAUAGCAAUUACAAAUUGAAUUGGUCCGGAUUCGAGUUGGUCGAGCCGAAGAGAACGUUUGAGAAGCGAUUCUCAUUCCUUCCCCAAGAGGAGGACGUGAAUCGCUCCGUUCAAGUCAAGAAGGUGAACAUGACCAUUGGCCAUCCGGUCAAUUCGUUGCAAGUCGUUUUAAGCUGUGCCAAGUCUGUUAAGGUAAAGAAGGAAAAUCCUUUUUUGGCCAAUUUCAUCAUUCCCCCCAAACCGAAAGUGGUGAUGCCUCUUUCCGGAGACGAAGUGGACGGAGCCAAUUUCGCAAUUGAUCUUAUUGAAGAGGUUUCCACGGUUCACAUCAAGCAAAGAGACCCGUUGGUCUCAAUGAAACUCGAUUAUACAUCCCCCGUGAUGGUGGGCGAAUGGUUUCAGAUCAAAAUUCUACUCCAUAAUCACGAAGUGGACUCGAAAGCUCAGGGUUUAGAGGUCUUUGCCGCUUUGGUGGAGGCUCAUGAUCCUCUUAUUGCCGACACCACGCGUUUGACAUUCGAUCCCAAAGCCAAUGACCAAGAAGAUCUGAAGACUCCCAGCACGGAUGACAAAACUUUCCAAGAUCCCUUGAUCAAGAGACUUGGCGAUCUGAACGUUGAUGGACAGGACUCGAUUUCACUCUACGUCAAAGCAUCUACCACCGGCUUUCGAGGGGUGACCAUCACCACCAAAUAUUCCGUAUCGGUUGGGGACCCGUUGGCCAAUUGCCAAAGCCAGAUUUCCGAGACCUUGAAGCUUGAGACUAUCGAGCCUUUUCAAUUAGACUAUUCCAUUCAAAGCAUCCGCAUGAACACAAUCAAGAAAGUCUUCACGGACGAGACCUUCCUGCUCUGUCCGCAAGUCAAAUCCAUCACGCAUCACGGCAUCGCCAUCCUGGAUUCCAACGUCGACAUCCGACCACCAAUGCAAUUGUUCAAUCCGACCCCAUCGCAAUUAUCUCAAACUAACUUAUACCAUCAUUCCAUCGGCCAAGAGCUCUAUCCCCUGAUUGUGAGACGUGAGAACCUUCUAUCUGGUUUAGAUGUCCAAGAGCUCGUGGUCGGCAAAUAUACCCUGAAAUGGUGUCGCGAAGGGAACGAAGCUCAGCCCCAUUUGGCUUCAACCACAAGUUUCGAAUUGCCCACCGUUCCAGUGCAUCUGAGCUCCAUUUUCGUCAGUUGUGAUCAUCCAGCCUUUGGUAGAGCCCGGUCUCCUUUCACAUUGACUUACAACCUGUUCAAUCGGACGGAAAAGGUCCAAGAGUACACGUUGACCAUUGAGACAAGUGAGGCAUUCAUGAUGUCCGGCAAUAAGCAACUAAGUCUGAAAGUGUUCCCCAUGCGGACGCACUCCUUGAGUUACAUACUGUACCCAUUAGUGGCGGGUGACAAUGUCACGUUGCCAACUCUAAGGUUGAGUUCCGCCCGUGUGGCUCAAGUGCAAGAUGCCAAUGAGGUCCUGGAUCGAUUGUUGCCCAAGACCAUUGUGAUCUUGCCCAAAACCAGAGUAGAGGAAGGGAGCAAAGCCGUGGAUGGAGUGGAUUCUGGUGAAGCAUUUUUUGAUCAUGUUGAUGUGGUUUCAGUGAAAAAUGGCCCGUUUGUCAUGGGCGCCAAACUGAAGGCCGCCUCCUGAUGGAGCAUUGUGCCCGCUGAGAAACCUUGGCUUGAUUUAUGAUUGCCGUUAACAAACCCUGUUGAGUUAUCAGAAUUAAAUUUAGAUGAGGAUUUGCGCUGACAACGUCAUUCUCACGUGAGACAUGAAUUCAAUUUUCAAAGAAGGCUUUAUCAGUGUGCAAUGUUAAUCAAGGCCGAGCGAGUAUCUUGGGUUUUCAGGUCAUUGAAUGGCGAACGAUCGCUCUGAAACGCUGGAUUAAAAUGUAUCAUGAAAUGAAACUUU